CCUACAUUAGUAGAACAUUGAAAGGAUUUUCUCUUCAUUCAUUGAGUGUUUCUAAUGAAGAGACGACUGCAAUCCAGUUUCUGGAGACAUGGUGACUGAGGGACUGACAGCCGGUGUCUUGGAGGCGAUGGCGUUCCACCCGGCCUUGACCACUUUCCUUCUUUUAUUUGCCCUGGCCUCCGCGUUUUGGUACACCCGAGACUCAUUGGAGGUGGACGCCUUCCACCUCAAGCACGUGCUCAUCACGGGCUGCGAUAGUGGCUUUGGCAACCUGCUGGCCAGGCGGCUGGACGGCCGAGGUUUCCGGGUCAUCGCUGCGUGUCUCACCGAGGAGGGGUCGGCGGAACUGGCUCGCCGGGCCUCCCCCGGUUUAAAGACGCUCCUGCUGGACGUCACAGAUGGAGAGAGCAUCGCCAGGGCGCGGGAGUUUGUGAACAGAGAGGUGGGAGAGCAAGGCCUGUGGGGGUUGGUGAACAACGCGGGUCGGUCCACACCCAUAGGUCCGGCCGAGUGGAUGAGCUUGGAGGAUUUCACCAAGGUUUUGGACGUGAACCUGAUUGGCACAGUCGAUGUGACGCUGCACUUCCUGCCGCUCUUGAAGAAAGCUCGGGGACGGGUUGUCAACGUGGCCAGCAUCAUGGGCCGACUGGCGCUCAUCGGAGGGGGGUACUGUCUUUCCAAAUGGGGCGUGGAGGCCUUUUCUGACAGCCUGAGGAGGGACAUGAAGCACUUUGGUAUCAAAGUGAGCAUCAUCGAACCAGGUUUCUUCAAGACUAAUGUGACGCGGCUGGAUUUAAUCGAAGCUGACCUCAAAAGGCUCUGGACGCGCCUUCCUCAACAAGUUCGAAAAUCCUACGGAGAUUCGUACUUGAAUGACUACUUGAAGGCUCAGGCUUUCUCCAUGAACCUCCUUUGCAGUCCUCACAUCUCCACAGUGACCAACUGCAUGGAGCACGCCUUGAUCGCUCGGUACCCCCGUACGCGUUAUAGCGCGGGCUGGGACGCCAAACUGGUCUGGAUCCCGUUGUCCUACCUUCCCUCUUUUGUGUCCGAUUUAGUCAUCAGCAUUCUUCUGCCUUCACCUGAAUCCACGAGGAAGUAAUGAAAAGAAACUUAAAGCUUGGAAGACUUUUGUCUCAAAAUACAUUUAUUUAUGGCGAUUUAAACCAUAUGGGCGUAUUGUAAAUGAUUAGAAAAAGAAAUUUAUUGGUAAUCAUUGAUAUGAAACGCUUUCACGUAUACAAAAUGAUUCGUCUGCAUUCUUAGGUCGUGUGUGGCUCUUUUCGAUAAUUGACAUAAAUUAACAUCCAUGCGCACGCAUGUUCAAGUAUGUUCUCAUAUCAUUACUGAUAGGAAAAGACAUGAUCACAGUGAUUCAGUCACAAAGUCAGAUCAAUCAUCAAAGUAAAAAAAUGAUUAAAAAACACAUAGGUUUAAACUGCAUGUUUGAUAAAUUCAUUCCAAUCACCCUGAAGUUAUUGAGAUGUGUAUAUAUAGAUUAUUUAUAUGUAUCAUAUGGCAAAGGCAGAAAAUCAGAUUUUUCCUCUCGUGACGAUCGAAGUACUGUACAUUGCGCAAUUCCGCUCAGCUUUUACAAUGUGUAUAAAUGCACAACUACCACGUAGGCUAGCUCCAAAUCUUAUGGUUCAAAUUUACAAAUAUACAACAUAUUUAUCGACAUCUAUAUCAGCAGCGUCAGUGCAAAGAUAUACAAAUUGUACAUCACAAUAAAGAAAAAUACACAAGAAUUGGCAUAUGUAAUGUCACAAGGCAUAGACUUUCAUUUUCCUUAUUCAGUCGAAAUGUACAGUGGUGCCCUGAGAUACGAGCUGCUUUUGUUCCACGGCUUGUACGCAACACUCGCAUCUCAAAUCUUAGAAAAAAAAAAAAAAACAUUCAUCCAAAAACAUGUCGAGUUUUUUUAAUUAGGACCACUGUAUUUUAUAUAUUUAUGUAUAUAGAAAUUAGACCCCCCUCCACACCCGUGGGCUGCAUAAAAAAAUAAGUUCUGUGCAAAGUGAGAUCCCGUCAGCGGUGGCGGGGUUAUACGUCACUGUCCUCUUUAACGAGCGUGGCUGUGUCUUUGAAACUGUCCUCAGUCGGUGAAAAGGUGCUCGGAUGAUGAUGAUGGUGAUGAUGGUCCCUCCUUUGAGGUUUGGGGGGUGGACGCUCAGCUCUCGAGCUGUCUGCGCCUCUGCUUCCUUCACACUUAUCGUCCCUCAUCUGCAAAAAAAAUAACCAAAACAUUUUGGGGUUUUUUCUUGUUUUUUGGAAAAUCUAGCCAAACUCACCUUGGAGUAGGACUGGUUUUCAGGCUUCAUUUUGCGCUUGAAUGCACUCCAUUUUGACUCCUUAUAGAAGACAAACUCUUUUUAAAUGAUGUAAAUGGUACAUACUAUUCGAGUACACUAUCAUUGUGGGAAAAACAGGGCUUGAAAACAAGAAAAAUAUUAUAAAAUGAGGAA